CCCGCGCUGUGAUCAGAAGCAGACGAUCACGUUUGCCACUUCACACACGUGCCUCCUGGCCGUAAACACUACGAGCCGUCCAGUCCUGCGACUGUGCUUGCGACACAUUUGUGAUUUUCUUCUCUUUCCUUCAUCGUUGAGAGACAGGAGUGGAAACGCACUGAAAAUUCUCUCCUCUUCUGCGCCGACAACCAAAAAUCGCUGGAAUGUUUCGAAGUGAGAUGUGAGCAUCUCCAACGACCCCUCCAAAUGGAUGUAGAGUUCAGGUGGGUGUGACCUCCGCGGGAGAAAGUUUGGUGCCGUUGUUUAACAAGCAAUGAGCUCAAGAGCCUAGGACUUGAAGCUAUCAGCAGAGAACAAUGUGCCUAAGAACGUUGUUAACCCCGGAACUGCACGACUGUCAACUUUAACUAUACUCAGUGAGUCAGAAAAGAACAACAGUAGAAGCGGCGAUAUCUUUGUAUUCCUCCUCCACCACCCGCCGCCACCACCACCACAACCAACCAAACUUUCAAAGCUGACCUUUCCACGUGAAUGUGAUUUGAUGUUUGCCUCAAUCGUCACUUCCUUGCCGAGAGAAGACUGUCCCAAGCAACGUGUUCAGUUGACUUCGAGGUUUAACCUCACAGCUUCGCUUACUUAAACAUGGACAGGACAACAACUGUAUAGCGGAAACACACUUUCUCUUUGUCAACUGCACACUGAGUGAGCCACGUGCGCGGUUGAGCUAGUCCUUUGUUUUUGGUGGACGAGAAGUUCUUGAAAUAAAGAUGUGAUUGUGAGUGCAUGACAAACGACUUCGUGGUCUUUGCAUCAUUCUGAAUCACAGAUGCCGAACAUUGGCGGUUUCCGGACGUCAAAAGGAAAGCUGCUCUCGACCAUAGAAGUAAGAACGAAAAGCACUGCAUGUGACCUAUGUGAGUAGCGCGAAAGCUCGAGAGCCGCACGUGAGUUAUUAUUUCCUGCACUAGCUGGUAGGAAAACGACCGACAUGGGACCAUAACGGGAGAGGUGAAAUCGUAAGCAAUACGAUAAUGAGCAUUAUUUCGAAUUUCGAUUAGAAAGGACAGUUGUUAUGAAAGUUUUCAGUAGACUCUUCGUUGUAUUAUUUCUAUACUCCUCUUUUGUUUUAUUUUGUUAAAAAACAACCUUGUCCAUAUAAUAUUUAUUUUACCUUUGUUGACAAGUGAUCAAGAAGCUUGCUGAUGUUUACUGCAAAGAACUAUGUCAACGAUGGACAUUUGUCUUCUUCCUUUUAAGGGUAUGAAUUGUAAAAUAAGCCAUUGCAUGUGACACAUUCUUUCAACGCGGAGAUCCAGGAAUGGAAACUGACGCGUAAUUUUCUCAUGACUCGCCUUGGGAUCGAAUGAAUGUAAGAAUGUCUUAUCAUGUUCAGUCAUGAUGAUAGUUAAUUAUACUAAUUAACCUCCUUGUUGAGGGGAAGUGAGCUUUGUAUUCUAGCGAGAACCUGUUUGGAGUGACUGCGGUAUUUGUCUUUUUGUUGUUCCUUUGAAACAUUAGAGAUUUAUAGACGUGAAGAACUAUAAAAUUUAUUAAAAGGAGCAUUAGUUAACUGCUACUCAGCUGUAAAACCAUCGGAGACUGUCUCCAUGGAAAUCAGCGCGUCCAUCUACGAGCUCCGAAUUACGCCAGGCAUCGGAUUCAUCACCGGGCCGCAGGGUCAGAGGGCAGAGCAGGAUGCCAUGCGGCUGGACACUUCUCAAGCUCGCCGUGUAGUGGUCAGCCUGGUUGGACGCGAGCGCCAGGGUAAGACCAGCCUGCGCCGUCUGUUGUCCGGCGAGCCAUUUGACCCCCACGAGCCCAGCACCGUGGGGCUGGAGAGAGACCUCGUGGACACCCAGGCACUGGACACGGGAUCGUCGGAGUCGAGCGAGUGGCAUUCCUUAGAGCUGAGGACAGCCAACCAGAGUGAGUUCUCCGAGAUGUUGGGACGUCACAUCCGGGAGCGCCUGGAGCGCCAGCGGCACCGCAUCCCACCGGCGCGCCGCAUUAUCAACUCCGUGCUGACCAUGACCAAGAUCGCCGUCAUCACCUACGUCGCCCUCCUCUUCUUCUUCAACGCCGCCUCCUCACCGGCGCUCAGCAACUGGCCGGUAUUUGGCCUGACCUCCGUGGGCACUUGCCUGGCCUGCGGGUUCGUCUUUGGCGCCAGGGACGGCUUCGGCAUCGCCGUCGGCAUAUACCACUUCAUCGUCCUGUGCGAGUCGAUGAUUCGCUGGCGGACGGGUGACUGGUUUGAGGACGUAGUAGAAGAGAACGGCAUUGUCGCAACCUUCACCCUUGGUGUGCUGUGGUAUGGGUCGAUGGAAGCCAUGGUGGCCGCUGUGUUUGGAAUGUCGCUGGGACUGGGCUUGGAGUGUGUCUUCUGCGCGUCCCGCCAGCCUCAAACGGACUACUUCCUGCAAGGGAGCCCCUUCUUGUUGCCACAGCUUCACAUGAUGGUCGUCAGCUCCCUGCUGGGACUGGGCUGUACCCAGUACCGCUGCUCGCGGCUGGUAAUCGUACCCGUGGUAGGUGUCGCCCUGGCAACGCUUCCUCCCUUCCUCUCCUACGUCUUCCUGUGUGGGAUGGCCACAGGCGUGUCCCACGGAGUGUUCCUGGGCUGCGGGCAGUCCAUUCUCUUUCCCCGCCUGAACCACGUGACCAAACAAGUAACCAGCUCAGUGAGCGGCCGCCACAUGCUUCGUCACUGCCUGGGGCUUCUCCCAGGCUUGCUCAUCACCUGGCUUUUCGGGUGGUCUCUGGUCACGUCACCCUCCAGCCUCGCACUCUUCCACCUAGCGGUUGCCAUAGCUCUAGUGGCGGUCAACGAACUUCUGGUUCCGUCGGGCAAGCCGUCGAGACCAGCAUCUACCACCACCAGCCCCGGAAAGAUGAACUUCCCCGCGUCGCGGCAAGCACGACCGACAGAGGCUUCCUCCUCCAUCGGCGUGCAGCAGCCGAGCAGCGUGCUGACCUCGGAGUGGACGCGACCCACGCCUCGCAUCGUAGUCCGAGACUUUGCCGGCCAUCCGUUGUAUUACUCCGCACACCAUGUCUACAUGGCCGGCCAAUGCAUCUACAUGCUUGUCUUCUCCCUGGUGGAGGCCAAAAGAGACUUCGACUACGUACUGCGCCAGGUCAUCGGCUGGUUGCAGUCUAUCUACCUGCACACCGGCUUCCCGGACACUAGGGUCAUGCUCGUGGGCACUCACCGCGAUGACCUAGAGUUGGCCCAGGCCGGCAUGAACCUCGUGGGCGGCAUUGGGCUCCGCCUGAGGAAAGAGUUGCCACGCCACUUCCACAACAUGCUGGUGUGGACGGACAACGACACGCCGCUGUUUCCAGUGGAGAACUCCAUCCGCGACAAGCACGACCAUGACUACAGGUACCUGAGGAGUCGUCUGCUUCAGACCGUCAACGAGAUGAACGUGGACAAGCACCCGCUGCGCUAUUUCUACUUCUUCCACCUACUGGAGGAGAGGCGCGCGCAGGGCCUCGUUCUCGAACAGUCUGACGUGCUCCUGGCGCAGUGCAAGGUUAACCAGUGCGCCAUCAAAGACCAGGACGACUUUGACGCCAUGCUGCUGCUGUUCCAGAGGCUGGGAGAGGUGUUGUACUUCCCCGAAAACAACCUGCUGCAGUCCAUCGUGGUGCUGAGUCCCCACGCCGUGCUGGACCUGCUCAGCAAGCUGCUGGACGUACCAAAAAUGACGGACAGGGCGCAAGGGCUGGUCACCGCCUGGAGCAGACUGCAGACGACAGGAGUGUGUUCUCGCGCCCUCUUCGACCACGUGCUACACAAGCACGCCAAGGAGCUGCAGACCCACAGCGACACCGUCCUCUACCUGUUGCAGACGCUUAAUCUCAUCUGUCCGCUGGGUAUGAGGGGAGCCGAGGCGGCCUUGGUGAGACACCGUUCGAGGGAGCUGGAAGGCGGGAGGGAACGGAUGGGGACCCGUGAACCUUGUGAACACAACGAGGAACAGGAAGAGUGCUACCUGGUGCCGGCCGCCCUCCCUGACAAGUUGGCCUAUCCGCAUCAUUACUGGGAGACCAGUUCUGGGGACUGGGAGCUCCUGAUGGACGGUUUGCCGGUCUUGCCGCAUCCAGCCUUUCUGCGGCUGCUGAGCGUGUGCGCGGCACAGGAUGUGUGCGACGCGCAGGACGAACUGGGCAGCUCCGUGCUGACGGCCUGCAAGUCACGAGCGGCCUUCACCUUCGGACGGUCCCGCUGCUACAAACUGGAGCUGGUGUCGUCCAAGGUGACCACCUCCUAUCACGGACGUCUGCUGAAGCUCGUCGUCGCCGCCACCGCUUCCGCCAGUCGUGAAGGCAGCGGCCGUGAGGCUGCGUCACAAGCAGUGGUCCGUUUCGUGUGGCAGUCGCUGGUGGGGAUCGUGCGGCGAGAUUUCCGGCGCUGCCAUCUGAGGAUAGGAGUGAGCUGCCCGUGCGCGAUGCCGCAUCAAAACGUGCAGCAAGCAGACGAUGGGUUCCAUUUUCUCACCCUAUGUGACACCCGUGACAAGGGAAACCAAGACUUUGUUGUCUCACAAGAAAAAGAAUUUUGGUGCUGUGGCAGAAGAGUUUUGUAUAGUAGGGGGAAGGUCUAUGAAUGUACUUUAAAAGGAGUAACAACACCAGCAGCUGUCAGACCUAGGCUUCCAAUCCUUGAAGUACCACUGUGUGAUAUUCCACAAGUUCUUCAUGCCCAGAUCUGUGAUCUUUUGGAUGUUCCUCAUGCUUUGGGAAAUGACUGGUCUGCACUUGCCGGUGAGCUGGGAAUGACAGCAAGGCAGGUGGAACUUCUGCGGUAUCGUGCACCAAGAGACCCAUGUGAUGCCCUUUUGCAGGACUGGGCCAGCCGUGCUCCUACUGCCACGCUGCGAGAUCUGGCUGCUAUCAUGCUGCAUAUACAGCGCAUGGACGUUGUCAAGACUAUAGAGGAUUUUACUUAGUAGGUCUGAGAGAGAGAGAAAAUAUUAACGUUUUACUUUAUAUGAGAUCAGAGAGUGGCUUCAGUACUAUUACCUAUAAUCAGUGUGUCUGAUUUUGUACAAAACAUGAUCACCACACUUGAAAGACACUAGGAAUUCCUAAUUGCAACAGUUAAGCAGUGUAAGCUGGUUUAGCUGUGUGACCAAGCAUGACACUGUCGGAGACUGUGCUUCAAAGUACCUUGGAAGGAGGUGAAAACUGUGGUGGCCAGGAAAAGAAUUGGCUUACAAAGGGGAGUGAACUUCUUGUCCCAUGCUGGACCUGCUUAAUGUUGCUCAAGACAGGCCUGAAUGGUGGCCUUGUCAGUUACUGCAUCUAUUUAUGUACUGCCCUCCAACAACUAGUACAACUCAAGGGGCAACUGAUUGACAAGAAAUGGAUGGAAAAAUUUGGAUCCUGAAAUGUCGGUAGAAGCUUGUUGUGAAUCUUCUUACCUUGAUAAUGAAUAGAUACCUCAUAUGCCACUCAGUUCCCACCAUCUGGUGCAGCUACCCACUGUGUAUGACUACUUGUUUGUUUUCUUGUCUACUAGUAACAAAAUUUUAGUAAAAAAUGGUAGUUUUCUCCCAGUGACAAAUUUUAAAGAUGAGGGGAUUAAAAAAAAAAAAAACCUAACCUAAAUGGUCAGCCAUUAGCUUUAUCAUGGGGUUAAAGAGAAAGAGAGCAUAUUUGUGUUGAUAUGCAUUUGUGGAUGAUUUAAAUGUUUGCAUGAAUGGAAUAUUGUUUUCUUUCUGGUACAUAUUGUAUUUUGUGCAUCUUAUAUGUGCACAUACAGAUCAUACAGUGUGCAUUUUUAAAGGCAAAAAUUUGUGGUGUUGUGAUCUUGGUUAGAGCUCAGAACAAGAUUCCUCUCCCAGUGUACAUAUUUUACAGUGCUAUCUGCCCACAGAACAACCUGUAGAGGAGGAAAAAGACUUUUUCUACAGCAAUAUUCAAGACAAGAUAGACAAAAUGCCACAGCAUGGCAUUCUUGUUGCAGUGGGGGACUUAAAAUGUAAGGGUAGAACUGGACAAUGUAGGCUGUGAAUCCUGCAUAACAUGCGGAGGAAUUACAGAGAGAAAUGGCAACAGGCAGCAGUUUGCAAACCUGUGUCUAGAAAAUGGACUGGUGAUUUGUAGCACCAUUUUUCAACAUGAGACCAAACACAAGCUGACUUGAAUAUUGCCCAGAGGGAGAACCAGUAACCAAAUUGACCACACUGCCAUCAACCAGAAGUGGAGGAAGUCCAUGAAUAUUGAGUGGGGGCGGGGGCGGGGGCGGCAAAUGUCAGUAGCAACUACCACCUUAUACUGUGCAAGUUAACUAAAGAUGACAAAGAAGAACAAUGAGCAGCAAUUUUUACUCUUUAAUUCAAGUACACUGAUGAAAGAUACAUCUGUGAAGGCCCCGUUAAUUUUGGAACUGACCAACAGGUUCCAGGGACAUGUGAUCUCACCUUUCCUCUUGCUUAUCAUUGAUUGGGUGAUUGUGAACAGAGAAGCGAGCAGAUGCACAAGCAUUAUCAACAUCACAGAGGAGGUGAAACAGAGUCGAUGGAGGUGGCUGGGCCGCAUCCUGCAGAUAAACAAGAUCAGACAUCCACACACUGCCCUCACAUGGGAACUACCAGGAGAAAGAGCAGCAGGCCAAUGUGUACACAGCAUCAGGCAGAAGAAAGAGGUGGACAAGACCUGGAACCAAGUCGAUUGGUUUGUCUAGGAUCAAAAUGAUCACUGGAGAUUUGUUGGCACCAGUGUCGGAGUGAAGAGGAUUAAAUGUGACACUAUGUGCAAGUGUACUUAUGUGGAUAUGCACAUGUGGGCGUUUGUAUUUGUUGCAGUUAUUUACAUAAAAUAGUGCAUUAGUUGUGAUAUGUAAAUAAUAACUGUCUUUUAUUUGGUUGCCGACAUUUCGACAGCAGAUUUGUGAAAAAUUCUUGUUUUUGUUUUGCUAUUUUAACAUUUUGAUCAUUGUCUACAAACCAUGAGGGCAUUGAUAUCAGAGUUCCUGCCAUACUGGAUUAUGGUUGCAGAGUUUUUCAGGUUUAGUAAACCACAUUCCUGUCACACUAAUUUGGUGAGAAAGGUUAAAAAUGAAUCUGCAUGAUAAAAUAUACACUCUGUAUUUAAAAAUCCUUUGGUCAACAAAUGGUCAGAGUAUAAAGAUAGAUUUGCAUAGAUUUGAUUACAACACUGGAUAAAUAUAAUAAUAACAUGAUGUAAGUGUAUGAUGCAGCAUCAUGCUUUUACAGUGGGUGCACUCACCAGGCUUGUUGCAGUACAGAUGUAAAUAGUAAUACUUAUAAAUACAAUAAAGCACUCAUCAGCAACAUUGAAAAACCAAUGUUUUAGAAUAACAGUCAGGCAUGUCAUGACACAUCAAUACACAGUGCAUUGAGAUCACAUCCACACAGGAAAUGCACUUUACAAAUUCAAUUACUAAUAUGCAAAAUAUCACCAUGUUAGUACAAUAAUUAGCACAGGUUUAAAUAAACCCAAAAAUUUAUGGAUGCCAUAAUUUAUAUCCAAGAUCAUGACUUGCUAGUCACUGGGUACAAUGAUGGGCAUGUCAAAUGCAGUGCUGUAUGGCUCAUUGUUCAGUGUCAAAUUACAAGUGUAAAGUUUCAUGAUGUAAUGUUGAUGCCAGAACCAGUGAGAAAAGUAUACAGCUAUAAACUUGAAUCUUACUCAAACUUAUGGUUUACAUUUAUGAUAGUUAUAUAUAAUAUAUAUAUAAUUAUGACAUUUUGCUUUGUAAAUACUGGCAUAUCUAAAACUGCCAUUUAUUAUAUGUUAUUUAGGAUAUAUACAGUCAAUUACACGAAUAUCAAAAUAUUAAUGAUAUUGCACCAAUAAUAAAUGGUAGAAAUGUCAUUCAUUUUAAAAUGUAUUCUUUUUAUCUUGCUUUAUUUAGUCUCCUGACAGCAAAACCUAUUCCACAUUUGAAACAGGUUGGUUAGUUUGGCAAGAAAGUGCUUCUCCUAGAGGUGAUAUUACAUACACCAUGAGAGAAGUGGGAACAGGAGGAAACCAGAGUAUGGCAAUGGUUCUUGGUUGACUUACUGGUCCAGAUGCAGUUAAAUCAAUACUAAUUUCUAAGUAGUUUUGUUUAACAUUGUCUCUAAGGCUUGAUCUUAGCCUGCAUGCAGUUAAGAAACAAUAAAAUUUAUUUGCCAAGUGAAA